AUGGAGGCGUCUAUGGGUCAAAAGAAAACAUUGUUCGCUUGCGUUUUUUUAACGAUGGUGCUUUUUAAAGGGUUUAAUUGCGUCCAUGGACGAACCCUAAGAAACAUGAAAGUUGAUGAUGAUAAGAUGAAUGUUCGUCAUGAUGAUAGCAAGAAGAUGAUGACCAUGAGCAACGAUCUGAUAGUUUAUGAAAAGGCGGUCCAGCUAUCGCAGCCACCUCCCCCGCCACCACCGGAGGGUAAAGGUGCAGAAGAUUUCAGGCCUACAACACCCGGUCAUAGCCCUGGGAUUGGCCACAGUUUACCACACAACUAA